AUGCGUCGCGAAAGAGAAGUCAAUGAACCUCAGUCGCCCCUGAAGCGAUCAAGCAUGACGCCUAAUUUCCAUGCUCGGGCUCUUCUCCAAGAUGGCAACGAUAACGGCCAAGUCGAAGGGGAGGACGAGGAGGAAGAUGAAGAAACAUUGCGAUUACAAUUAGCUGCCAUUGAGGCAAAACUUAAGCUCAAGAAGCUGCAACAGAGCAAAUCGGCAAGACCGGCCACUGCUUCCUCUGACGGGGAAGAUGUUCGUCAACGAAGGCCAUCGUCUCCUACGCGGCCACAAAGCAGGCUGAAUGCCAUGCGAGAAAGGCUGGCUGCGUCCGAUCGCGGCUCCGAUGUCCAAGUUCCACUGUCUCCCUCCAAAAAGCCCGCCAUCCCAGAGCCAGCUUCUCCUCGAAGGGCGCUAUUCAACUUCAAAAAAGCAAGUGAAGUGUCGCUGAAACGACCAUCGAGUUCCAGAGCAGGGGGCCGUCCUACAAGUUCAUUUAGUUCUGGCACAAGAACCUCCUCGGCUGCGAGUAAAAAUGACCAUGAUUCACCUGAUAUCUGGUCACCCCCGCUGGAGGAUUUGAAGCGUGCAAAAUCUUUUAGCGAAAGAAUUGCGGAGAGCAGGAAUACCGACAAAGCCAAACAAGAACGAGCCAAGAGGAUUCAAGAAAAUCGAAGUUCUGGCUUUGCCGUCGACAAGGCUGAAGUUGAACGGUAUAAAGAGGAAGCCGCUUCAAACCUCCAGUCUACAUCUCCUGUCAAGAAGCAGGCGACACAGUCUUUUAGCCGUGAGGAUGUGCUGCAGUCAUACGGCGGUGCAUACCCUUCAAUGAAAAAGUCCGUCACGGCGCCUGUCAUGCGAGAAACGCCAUCAACAGCAUGUCCGCAACUCUCUAGCCCUCGGUCCAAAACAACAGCUCAUUCCAGGGAUAAUAGCACCAACACUCCAGAAGCGGAUCAAUCAAAACUUGAGCCUUUCUCAUCCCUCAAUCUCUCCAAUCGAAUCCUACCUCAUUCCUUCCUCACCCGAACCCUCGAGAACAAAACCGUUCUUCGUAUUCCUCAUCUGUUAAAGUCGAUCAAAGCACCAGAAUUCGAGUUACCCGAGACGGUCGAUGGAGACUACGUCGUAUUCGGCAUUGUAGCAUCCAAGUCAGACCCUAAACAACACAAAGAGAAAAAGGCUUCUACAAAAGAGGUCGAUAUGUAUGAUGACGGGCUGAACAACAGCGAGCAAUACAUGGUCAUCACCCUCACAGAUCUCCAAUGGACGGUUGAUCUUUUCCUUUUCGACACUGCAUUCCCCCGAUAUUACCGGCUCUCCGAGGGAAUGGUUAUUGCCAUACUUAAUCCAACUAUCAUGCCCCCGCCGCCCAAUAAAAUUGAUACUGGCCGGUUCAGCCUCUGUCUCUCGUCGUCUGAUGACACUGUCCUCGAAGUUGGGUCUGCACGAGACAUAGGAUACUGCAAGGCAGAGCGCAAAGACGGCAAGGUAUGCCGGUCUUGGCUUGACGCCCGAAAAACAGAGUUCUGUGACUUCCACGUUGAUGUGCAGGUCCGAAGAACACAGUCUCAACGACCAGGGGUCAAUGCUGGAACAGGCAUGUUUGCUCCUGGGGGCCGCAAUGCAUCACGCAUCGCAAACUUCGCUCCCUCUCGUGGCAGCGGUCGUGGUGGUGGUCGCGGAAACGGUCCCAGGGGUCUCAAACAAGAAGGCGCAAAAUACGAUUGGGGAACUCAGUCUACAUACUUUGUCGCUUCAGCUCCCAAGUCUUCGUCCGCUCGUGGAGGAGGCGCUUCAAUGUACCAUCGCGGAGGAAUGGGGGGCUUUGGCAGCUCGGCAGCUACUCUAAUCGACACCAUCGACGACAACCCAUUCGCCGCAAGCAACGUACGUGGCAACGAAAGCAAAGAAGAACGCACUCGCCGCCGUCUACUCGAAGACCAACGCGAGCGCGACAUCGCCAAGAAACUCGGCUCGAGAAGUGGAAAUACAGGAUCCGAAUAUCUUCGCGCAAGACUCGGCCAGACCAAACCCUCGUCAUCACCAGCCUCGUCGGCGGGACAAAAAGACGACGCAGCAGCCAUGCCAUUCUUAUCUCGCAAAGCCGAAUCUGUCAGUCUCGGUCCGAUCAGAAAGCGCGCCCAUGAAGAUGAGAAGUCGUCCAAGGGGAGCGGCACAGCUGUCAAAAAGACCCGGUUCAUCACUUCAAAGGGCAUCCGUGAAGCGGGAAGAGACAGUAUAUGUGGGCAUGAAGCGAGGCGGACGAUCAUGAAUAACAAUGAUGACGAUGACGAUGACGAUGACGAGCUGGAUAUUAUCUAG